AUGACGGAUCGCUCCGCAGGAGGGAGCCCAAACCAGCGCGGAUCCAUCUUGCGGCGGAACCUGCUCCAGUUGUUGGGAGUAGCAGCAGCAUCAGUGAUAUGUUGCAGUCGAGCACACGCCAACCCGGCUUCGAAUGCCUUGAGCUACCCCCCGGCAGUUCUGGUGUUCGAGAGCCCUUCGAAUGGAUCCGCAGCCGUUUAUGGGACGAACAUGAACUUUGCCUUCUCCCUGAGGUCAAGCCGGGAAGGGCGCAUAUUGACCCACGAGGAGAUCGAGGCACUCCGAGAGGAUGGCGUUUCCGUUUGCCUCGCCAAGAAAGGGGAUCGGAGACCACCACUUUGUGCCUUGCUGAGCACGGACACCACUCUCAGCCUUCACAAGCCGCUACCCGGCAUGUGGCACACGAUAGUGGCAACCCUCCAUCACAAGGCUGCGACGAAUGCCGGAGAUGACUCGGACGAGGCUAGGGCCUGGGCCGAAGCCGGCGACAGCGUGUCAACGUAUGCAGAAAUCGAAGGGUUGUCAUCUACAUCCAGCGUGUCCAUGUGCGGCGAGAGUGCCUGCCUGGACAGCAGCGAGAAGCGCUCGGCAUACUUCGACAAUGUGUACAGGAGUGGAGCGGAGCAGGCCGUGGCGGCAGUUUUCGCGGUCCGGGCAGGGCCAGCCCUCUACUCCCAGUGA